AUGCCUCGGCCAGCUGCACAACCAGGCUUGCCUUCUCCCGCACCCAGUGACGAGAACAACACCGAUUCUCCCACGCUGGCAGACCACCAGCUUCAGCAACGGCGAAGUCGACCCUCACUGGGUCAUGCUAGGCAACAUACUGAUUCCUGGAUAGCACCAACCACACGAGCGUCAGUCUCUGCGUCGCCUGUCGUCAUGUCGCCGACACAGCAGCUCUUUGCGCAACAACAUCACUUCCAGCAGUCUGGUGAAGCUCAGCCCAUCCUGCCUAUUGUGCGUGGCCACGCACACACGAAUUCGCGCCACGUUCAACGAGGCUCCAUCAACCAGGGCCAACUGCCGCCCGACAUCUCUCCAGUCAUGCAAACCACUAGGCAGCCUCUCCACACCCCUGCGCAGCCACAUCAGCUCCAGGCGUCGCGCAUACAGGCCAAUGUGUUGCUUCAGCGACUGUCGUCGGUUGAGAACAAUCCCAACUACACUUUGUCGCACACAGAAACUGGUCGCCUAAUCCUCUUGCGCGAGGCUGUUCACAAGGAGGACUGGUUCUACCAGAUGACAAGUCAACUGUUCUGUGCCCGCUCUGGAAACCGGAGAAAUCUGCCUCAGUCCGUUCUGAACCUGGAUUCGAGAUGCUGGGACUACCUUAGCAUUCUUCUGUGCCACAAUACAGAAAUCAGCCCUGGUUUACUACAGUUCUUCGAGAACUUCCCGGAGCCGAUCAUGCACAUCUAUUCGGAUCAAUCAGGGGCUCGGGAGAUAUACGAGAUGAGACUACAAUCGAUCAAAGCAUUCUUGCAUAAGAUGCCUGCGCAGUGGGACAGCCUAGUGGCGCGAUGCAAAGAGUUGCAGGUGCCUCCGCUCGUCCAAGAUCUGGCGGAGAACCUCAACGUCCAUAGCCCAGUGCUCCAAACGACCAUAUCUCGGGCCAUCACGCGUAUGCUAUAUGGUCCCCAGGAGAUACCGUUGAUGAGUGCUGUGGAGAAGAUACAUGAGCUUGACCAAAUUGCUUGGCAAAAACAUCGGUACAGGCGAAGCAGCCGCGAAAAGAGCGACGCAUACACCAAACUUGCGGCUAUUUGGACUCGAUGGCGAGAGGGCAGGAAGCAGGGACGAGAUGCCGCUGACUUCAGGAUACCUUCAGAAGUGCUAGACUUUUUCUCGAGGACUCCGACGAAUCCUGGUCCAUCACCAGCAGCGCCAAGUCGACUUCUUCAGCAACCACAAAGCGCGGAUCAGCAUCAGCAAGCGUCCUAUCAUCAACAACUGCUGAACCGCUUUACUCAGGCUCAGGGUCACGCACGUCCAGAUCGUCAAAGUCAAGCAACAGCUCAAGCCAUAUCUCCUUUGAUGCCUCAGCAGCCACGGCAGUAUCAAGCAGGGCUCAUGAAUCUUACCGCAAGACGACCGCCUGUCAGCGCGCGAGCAAUGCAUGCUCCGGGAGUGAUGUACGGCCGCUCAAAACUACUAUAUCCGGGCAGCCAGGAGGGAUAUCGUCCCCAACCGACGCAGCCUGACCCAAUACGGUCCGCACUACACCAAGCACAUCUCCGCAGCCCAGUACUUACCAACACAAAGGUCGGUGCGAUAGCCUCGCGUAUGUAUAGGCAUGUUGUUGGCUUCACUUUGCCUCCCACGACGUUGGACAGGACCUCACCAUGGCACACCAUUCCAUUUGACGUCACGCCACCUAUUGCGGAGCGACUCGCUAAGGCCAGCCCGUCUUCGAUCAAUGUCGUGGAUGAGCAAUCAUUGAUGCUCCGCCUGCGGUGCUCAGAAUUGCCCAAAGCUGGAUUCGAGUCGGAGAGUGCAUGGGUGACAGCCGACAACCACUGGCCUGAGGAGAUCUCCUUCGAAUGCAAUGGUGUCAAGCUCGAAGCUCGCCGCAAAUUACACCAUGGUCGCUACUUGCCAAUUAACCUUACUGAUCUGGUCAAAACUGGAGAGAACACUCUUAGGAUCUCAUGCAGUAGCAAAAAGACCGAGAAACGUGCGUACGCAGUAGCUGUUGAGGUGAUUAGCUUUAUGAGUCACGACAGUAUCGCGAGGCAGCUAUCUCAUGUUACAGCCGAGCAGUCAUUGACCACAAUCAAGAGAUCCCUAUCAGGACAAGACGAUGGCGACGACGACUUGGCAGUGAUUUCGAGCACGAUGACAAUCAAGCUGACCGACCCAUACUCUGGCUGUAGGGUCUUCGAUACGCCGGUCCGUGGCGCAACAUGUUUGCACAAAGACUGCUUCGAUCUGGAGACCUUUUUGAGCAUGUGCAAGCGCCCUACACCGGGCUCACCAGCUGUCGUAGACUGUUGGCGCUGUCCUCUCUGCCGCGGUGACGUGCGUCCACAGAUGCUGCUUGUCGAUGGCUUCAUGCAGCAAGUUCGGGAAGAACUUGCCAACAAUGACCUUCUGGACACAAGAGCCAUCAUCGUCGAGGCAGAUGGCUCGUGGAAGCCCAAAAUUGAAGAGGCUACCGGUGUGCGAUCGCCCAGUCUCGAUCGCGAGGGCAGCAAUAGCAUGCCGCCACCAGCUGCGAUACCGAAGGCGGCGCCGAAACCUCCACCAAUUGUGAUUGAGCUCGACUAG